AUGAGGUAUAUACGGGACAAGCCAGCCAGAUCCAUGUACACGGGCGACACAUCAUUACGGAGAUUCGAAUGGCUAUGUCGGCACUGCGGUAGUCACUUGAAGGCACAGAUAGAGGCUGCCCGGGCUUCGCUGCGAUUCAAUAUCCCAUGGCGCAAUUGCAAUGUCCUCAAGACAGCCAAUCACAAAUACAAUAUCCAUAUGGACGAUAUCUAUUGCUACGAGUUCGGGUUCGUUGGAGAAAGCUCCCGGUGUUCGCGGAACUGUGCGAGGAGAGACAGCGGUCACCCUGUUGGCGAGGACGACGACACUAAUUCGAACAACGAUCAAUAUACCGAUAUGGGAGACACUGAGAUUGAUGAAGAGGACGCUGACACUCAUUCGGACAACAAUAUGAAGGCUGAAAUGGGAGACGCUGAGGAUGAAGCUUCGUCAAUGCAUGACCGCACUGGGUCCCAUGGCUCUCGGGGAUCCACACGCCCUAGCACUGUCUCGUCUACAGACCCCGUGGAUGCAGACACAUCGUACUGCGGCAAUUCGGACUCCCUUGACUUGGCGACCCUAGACAGGCAGAGGCACCUCUCUUCAUCUUUCUUUAAAGAGCAUGUCCAUCUGGCAGAGACGCCACAAUGGGAUUCGCUCAGUCUGGCCUCGAGUUCUUCGGACGAUUCGCUGUCGGUCCUCAGCAGUGACAGCACUGUCAGCGGAUGCACCGCCUAUGAAGAAGAUGCUCCUUCCAACGAGGACGACUCCCGGAUUUGUCCCCGCCGAUGUCUCGACCUCGAGAACAAUGAGGACUGUAGCAUCGAUGGAAACGGCAAACUGUGGCCGAAUGAGAUUUUGAGACGUGUGGCUGUUAUUCUGACCGGGGAAGCUGAGCCGCAAAGACGAUGA